AUGAAGAAGAAGGUGAAGAGGUCAAAGGGCGCCGGCAGCAUCCUGGAGGAGUGUUGUAUCCUGUGCAGACUCAGUGAUGAUGAUCCGGCCAUGUUUGGGGAAAAAGUCACACUCAAGGAGCAUAAACUCUCCGUCCACUACCUCUGUUUGCUGACGUCCUGCGGCGUUUACCAGCGAGGAGAGGAGGACGAGGGCGUGUUCGGUUUCCUGGUCGACGACAUCAAACAGGAAAUGCGCCGCUCAGCCAGACUGACGUGUUCUGGCUGUAAGAAGAAGGGAGCGUGUGUCGGCUGCUUUGUCAGAAGUUGCAGGAAGACGGUUCACUUCCCCUGCGGCAGGAAACAAAAGUUCAUCUCACAGUUUACCGACAGCUUCCCGUCGUACUGUCCGGAUCACAGUCCCUUCCAGUCUUUUUGUGUGAGCUCGGACCUCAGCCUGCCUCAGUCCUGCUCCAUCUGUUUGGACUCCAUCGAUCCCAUCCUGUCCUACUCCGUCCUGAAGUGUCCUUCCUGCCACGCCAGCUGGUUCCACAGAGAAUGUGUGCAGCGUCAGGCUCACAGUGCAGGCCUGUUCUUCUUCAGAUGUACUCUCUGCAACAACAAGGACAACUUCCAGGAGGAGAUGCUGAGGAUGGGAAUCUACAUCCCAGAGAGAGAUGCCUCGUGGGAGUUGGAGGCGAACGCGUAUUCGGAGCUGCUGGAGGUUUACAAACGCUGUGACGCCCUCAUCUGCCUCUGCGACCACGGACGGACACACUCCGCCAAGACCGGCUGGUUCGAGGUGAUCCGCUGCCGGCUGUGUGGAUCCAGAGGGACUCACAGGAAGUGUUCGGGGCUGAAGUUGGACACCACAGACUGGCCGUGCACCGAAUGCGCCCAGGCUACCGACGGGAAAGCCUCCCUGGUCGCGUCUCCUCAGGGAGGUCCGAGGAGGAGUCUGCUGUCCAAACGCCACCGCUCCUCCAUCCACUCCCCCAUCAGCUGUAAAAGGCCUUCGUUACCUGCAGCCUCGGGCUCACCUGAGGAGCUGCUGCAGGCUUUGGCCCCUCAGCUUCGGCCCCUCGGGGUCCAGCUGGAGGUGAGCGGGGAUCAGGUUCUGACUGCAGGUCUGGAGCUGGUGAGGAGGUCUGACUUCAACCCGGCUCACAGUCUGAGUGUCAGGUUCAGAGAAGACCUCUGGGACAGUGAUACGUCCCGGCAGUACUUCCUGAAGCUGCUGGUGCAGCAGAUCCAGGACUCUGUGGUGUUUGAGGGUCCAGACGGAUCCAAGAACCUGGCGCUGAACUCUCAGGCUCUGCGUGAUGACCUGUACUUUGACGUCGGCUGCCUUCUCUCCAUCUCUCUGGUCCACGGCGGUCCUCCGGUCGGCUUCUUCUCCAGAGCUCUCUACCAGUGUCUGUUUAACUUCCCUGCAAACCGCCCGCUCACCGUCUGUCACAUGACGCCCGACACACGCUUCACCCGCCAAGUCAGCAGGAUCGCCGAGGCACAGUCUUUAGACGAGCUGACAGAAGCUGUGGAGGCGAGCCAGGAGUUCCUGGAGCUCGCCGGCUGCAACCGACCAAUCAGCAGCCUGGAGGAGAGAGACGCUCUGGUGGAGGAUCUGGUGAACUUCACCAUGAUCACCAGGAUGCAGCUUCCACUACAGAGGAUUCGGGAAGGUCUGCAGACUUUGGGCGUCUUUGAUCAGGUGCAGCUGUUCCCGUCGGUGUUCUGCGGUUUGUUCUGCGAGGCAGCGGUCCGGCUCUCGGCCCAGACACUGAGUCAGCUGUUCUCCGUCGGGUUCUCCCCUCAGGAGGAGCGUCUGAACAGAGAGACCGCCGUCAUCAGCUUCUGGAGGCACUUCCUGUUAGAGAGCGAGGUUGGGAGGAGCUCCAUCUCCCUGCAGGAUCUCCUUCUUUUCGCCACAGGAGUCGAGGAGCUGCCAGCAGCCGGCCUCCUCCCUCCUCCCUCCAUCUCCUUCCUCCACCCCUUCAACUCCUCUCAACCAGGAGCAGAGGAGGAGGACGGAGGAGGAGAGCAGGAGGUGAUGAAGGAGUGGAAGGACGAGGGGCUUUUCCCUCAGAGCGACCCCGGCUCCAAACACCUCCUCCUGCCCGUCACCUCCUCCUACCAGGCCUUCAAAAGCUCCAUGGAGCAGGCCAUCAGCCACCAUGUGCACCUCCUCCCCACCAAGAGAUAGAGGAGGAGCAAGAGGAGC